AUGUUGGAGAAAUUAGAUGAAAUGGAAAUGGAAAGUCGAAAAAUGGAUAAGAAGAAAAAUAUGAAGGAAAAUAUGAAAAAUCGAAAAAUAUUUAUAGUGAAAGAGGAAAAUGAAAAUGAGGGUGAGAAAAACGAUGAAAUAUUUGAGCGCGAAGGUGAAAAGGAAAAGAGAAUGAGAAAAACGGUGAAAUAUUUGUGGAAUAUGGGUAACGAUACGAGUAAGAGACAACGCGAGACGGCUGAACUGAUAAUUGAAUUGAAAAAGACCAAAUCGAAAUACUUCAGUGAACUUACAAAAUCUUAUAUGGAUAAUAUAUGCGAAGCUACUAAGCAAAAUUCCAUCCUCUAUGAUAAAGCUAACGACUCUUUAAAUAAAAUGACAAGUGAAAAUCUACCCGAAUCAGUCAAGAAAACUAUCGCAGAUAACUAUAAUAGAAUCACCAAUGAAAUCAUGAGUAGUAUCGACAUUUUCAAUUUUGCAUCAAAAGAGGCUAAAAAACUCAAUAUUCAGGAUACUGAGGAAUAUAUUAAGUUGAUAAACAUAUUAGUCGAUAACGGUCAUCUUGACAGCAAAGAUAAAGAAAAACUUCUUAAUGUUCAAAAAGAUCAUGUUGAAUUCGGGAAACCAGAAAAUGUACAAGAACCAGGC